AUGGUAGCCCCGCGGGCAAAGCUAUCAUUCGAUUACGGCUACAAACUGGGCGAGAUGCUUUUCGAUCGCUCACCCGAGCAACUCGUCCCUCUCCUCGCUAUCCCCAUUCGACCUCCCAAUUCCAUCUCCGAAACCCCCCCACAGGCCCCAUCUGAGCCAUCUGCACCUAGUCAACAGCAUCUAAGCGAGAGUCUUGGUACUAAUAUCACCCGCCACAAGGCCGCCGGCGACUCAAAGCGCAAAGUUGAUGACGAUGAACAACUGGCAGCCAUCUCACCACAACAACACAAGCGGGCAAAAGCCGAGGACGACAACCACGACCAUGAGCACGACCUCACGCCGGAGAUUGUCACCACCCGUGCCACUGCCACAUUUUGCGGACUUCCCACGGAACUCCAUCGGUUGGUCUUCUCUCACAUCAAGCCCAUUCCAGAUCUCAUCUGCCUGGGCCUUACGAACCGGUACUUCUGGGCGAUCGGGCGGGAAUUUGUUCACGACUAUUACACGUCCUUCUUCGGGACGUGGGCGGGACAGAACAUUGUGUGCGUGGGAGAAGACGUCAAACCGGGCUCCUACCCCCCUGGUCUGUUCUCAGCGGAGGAGGUAGAGGAAUUUCGUGAACGGAAAACCAUUAUACCGUUCGACGGAGACCAUUGGUUUGAAGGCGAAGAGGAUGUCGGCGAUGUCACCUUUUUCAAGGUCCCGUUCACCCUGUAUCACACCAGCUUUCCUGGGAUCUCCAAGAUGCAAGGGGAGCACGACCUGGUAUCCCAGUCAAGAGAAAUCUAUUACGAGUGCAACGACAGGAUAGAGGGGUACGACAAACCGAGGGAAAUUGGGUUCUCGCUGGCCCGUCCCGAGAUUUUCGUCAAACAGGCGACCUACUUCCCCGAAGACCAGCCAUGGAUCCUUCGGAACCUGACGACGAAAGAGUUUGUCCGCGCCGAAGCCAUUGCCCUGAAACCAGAAUACAUCCACGGCCCUCACAUCGAUGUGUUGGGUUUUGGCCAAAUUGUCAUGUCACGCGUCGGCUGGUCAACAUCAAACUCUGUCUCUAUGAAAAACCCGGACAACAUCAUGACCAGGGGUGUGUGGGCUGGCCACCGCUUCGAUAUCACCACGGUGGCUAGACACGAGGACGAGACGCGGGCAGAGGAGUGGAAAGAUGCGAGCGAGGAGGUUGCGGAGGCGACGUUUGGGAUCUGGGAGUCUGAAUUCGGGCCAGAUUGGCGUGAGACGUUUUGCCGGAACUGGAAUUGGCCGGCCGGGGCUCGGUGA